CAGGCUUUCCAACGAUAUACAAUUUAUAACCAAAAAGCAUUGUUCUCACCACAGAGAAAUAAUCUACCGAACACCAAUAUCCUUACUUUUUGUGCUAAGUUGUUGUUGUUGAUUAAGCAAUACAAUUGGUGCGUUUAUGCCUCAGGAAAAUAACUGUCAGAAAUCUGUUCCUCAGUUGGAGUUUUGCUUUUUUAUCUCCGGAGAGAAGUGAGACACUCAGACUGACGGCACAUCUUCAGGCCGGAUCACUCCCAGCUGCCGGGUUUCAACAUGUUGGCACCGACUGAGGAGCAGCUUCUGUGCUGCAUCUGCCUGGAUGUCUUCACUGAUCCAGUCACGUUACCAUGUGGACACAACUUCUGCAAAGACUGCAUCACGGAGCACUUGAAUUUUAAUUCCCAGCGCCAGUGUCCCAUGUGUAAAAAGCACGUUAAUAAAAAAUGUAAGCUUGGGGUCAAUACUGUCAUAUCUGAGAUGGCUGCUCAGUUCAGACAGUCAACAGGAAGGACAGCCAGCAACAGCUCACAGCAACAAGUUGACGUUUCCUGUAAAGUUCCUACUGAAACCAAAUGGACACCCCUGAAGUACUGGUGGUUAUUGGCAGGCCUGGCAUGCGUGAUCAUUAUCUACCUAACAGUAAACCUAAAGCUUCAUCAAACAUUGUCCAGCUUGAAAAAUCAUCUGCUGUUUGAGAACACGGCAAGCAGCAUGUGUCGUUAGCAUGGCAGACCCCUGGAGCUCUACUGCAAGAACGACCAAAUGUUCAUAUGUCGGUCCUGCGCUUACUCAAGUCACAGAUUUCAUGACGUUGUUUCGCUAAAAGAAGAAUAUGACAUAAAGAAGAUAGAGCUUUUGAAAAUAGAGGCUAAAAUUGAGCAGAAGAUCCUGGAGAGACAACUGAAAAAUCAGGAGAUCAAACAUUGGCUAUGGGUUCGCAAGGAAGCCGCCGAAAGAGACCUGGCUGGUGGUGUUCAGGUCUUCACUGCUCUGAUUCAGUCUUUGGAAAGAGCCCGGGCAGAGCUCAUCUUGAUGAUUGGCGCAGAGCAGAAAAGGACCGAGUUACAUGCCAAAGGUUUCACCGAAGAGCUGGAGCAGGAAAUCUCUGAGCUGACGACGAGGCGGGCCGAGGUGGAGCAGCUCUUACGCUCAAAAGACCAGCUGCAUUUCCUCCAGAACUUCCCAUCCAUGAGUGCUGUUCCACUCACCAGAGACUUGCCAGAGGUUUGUCCAGCUUUGAAUGGAGGAAUCCUGAGGACAGCUAUGGUAACAGUUGUAGAUCAGAUGUCAGAGGUAGUCGGAAAUGAGAUGGAGAAGCAUCGUGAAGCUGAGCUGGAAAGCCUCCAGCCGAAGGCACUAGAUGUGACUAUGGAUCCCGAUACUGCACAUCCAUAUCUCAUCUUGUCUGAUGAUGGGAAACAAGUAUGCUGUGGUGACGUGAGGGAGACGCUCCAAAAUGACUCAGAGCGAUUUGAAUUUGGACUUUUCGUCUUGGGAAAGCAGAGUAUCUCUUGUGGAAGAUUGUACUAUGAUGUUCAAGUUAAAGGAAAGACUGACUGGAUUUUAGGAGUGGCCGAAGAGUCCCUCAACUGGGAUGAAGAACCUGGAAAGGGCAUCUGGGUUCUGUUUCAUAGACAUGGAGAUCGGUACUUUGCACUUGAUAAAACGUCUGACCCUCUCCCUGUGCACGAUCAGCCUGAGAAGGUGAGAGUGUUUGUGGAUUAUGAGGAGGCUCUGGUCUCCUUUUAUGACGUAGAUGCUGCAGCUCUUAUCUACUCCUACACGGGCUGCUCCUUCACCGAGAGUCUUUACCCAUUCUUCAAUCCUUUCCCUAGUGAAGAUGGCAGAAACUCUGCGCCUCUGAUUAUCUCUCCUGUCCAUUAAUUACAUAUUAACACAGAGUAUAUCAUUGCCUUUGCAACAACCUGCUGUGUUUUAUACUUACAGCUGAACACAUGUGUUGUUAGUUGGUUACAAUAUGCAGUUAUGCAUUUAGAAUUUGGAUGAAGCGUCCAAGAUGGACCAGUACUAGCCAUUUGUGUGUGACGUGUAAUGUUCCCACCUUCCACGCUGUGCUGAGGAAUCUUAUGUACAGGUUAAUAUGCCGAUUAACCGAGUCAAAUAAUACAAUUUUAAAUGCUACAAUCAAUCUUGCACUUAGUGCUGCAGAUAUUUGUCAAACUAUGGA